AUGAUCCAAACCCCCAAGGGCAACACCAUCAUCACCAACGAUGGAAACACAAUGUUGAGGGACAUGAGCGUGAUGCACCCGGCCGCUAGGAUGCUCGUCGACCUGAGUGCCGCCCAGGAUGUCGAGGCUGGAGACGGUACAACGUCGGUCGUCGUCAUCGCAGGAAGCUUGCUGGGUGCUGCCGAGCGCCUCCUGUCCAAGGGUAUCCACCCUACGGUCAUCUCUGAGUCCUUCCAAAGAGCCGCCGCCGCCGCCGUUGAGAUCCUCCACAACAUGUCUCGUCCUAUCAACCUGAUGGACCGCUCGACCCUCCUCCAAGCCGCUUCCACCUCCCUCUCCUCCAAGAUCGUGUCGCAGCAUUCCGGCCUUCUGGGCCCCAUGGCCGUCGACUCGGUGCUGAAGGUCGUCGACCCGAAGACGGCGGAAAACGUCGACCUCCGAAACAUCCGUAUAGUGAAGAAGGUCGGCGGUACGAUCGAAGACAGUGAGAUGGUGGAUGGUCUGGUGCUCAACCAGCCCGUCAUCAAGAGCAGUGGAGGACCCACACGGAUUGAGAAGGCCCGGAUAGGUCUGAUUCAGUUCCAGCUGAGCCCUCCCAAGCCUGACAUGGAAAACCAGAUCGUGGUCAACGACUACCGUCAGAUGGACAAGAUCCUCAAGGAAGAGCGCCAGUACCUUCUCAACAUGGUGAAGAAGAUCCAGAAGACGAAGUGCAAUGUCCUCCUCAUCCAGAAAUCCAUUCUCCGUGACGCCGUCAACGACCUCUCCCUCCACUUCCUCUCCCGUCUCAAGAUUCUCGCCAUCAAGGACAUUGAACGUGAUGAGGUCGAGUUCUUGUGCAAGACCUUGGGCUGCAAGCCCGUUGCCAACGUCGACUCCUUCACCGAGGACAAGCUCGGUACCGCCGACCUCGUUGAGGAGGUGCAGGCCUCUGGUGCUCGGUAUGUGAAGGUCACCGGCAUCAAGACCCCUGCCACCGCAACCAACCAGACCGUGUCCAUUGUUGCCCGCGGUGCCAACAACCUCAUUCUGGACGAGGCCGAGCGCUCGCUCCACGACGCCCUUUGCGUCAUCCGUUGUCUGGUGAAGAAGCGUGCUCUGAUUGCUGGUGGUGGUGCGCCCGAAAUCGAGGUCGCCCAUGCGCUGGCCAUGCGCGCGCGCGAGCUCACUGGUACCGAAGCCAUCUGCUGGAAGGCGUUUGCCGACGCCAUGGAGGUCAUUCCCACCACGCUCGCCGAGAACGCGGGUCUCAACUCGAUCAAGGUCGUCACCGAUCUGCGUCACCGUCACGCCCAAGGCCAGCACAACGCGGGUGUGAGCAUCCGCAGCGGCGGUGUGAAGGACGACAUUACCGAGGAAAACAUCCUCCAGCCCCUUCUGGUCAGCACCAGCGCGAUCGAACUCGCGGCGGAGACGGUGAAGAUGAUUAUGAGAAUUGAUGAUAUUGCCUUGUCGCGGUAA